AUGGCUGCAGCAAACCUGAGUUUUAUCUUCCACCUCCCUUCCUCUUUUCCCCGUCUGUGUGGGCACCCCAGGGUCGCACCCUUCCCUUACUCACUGUUUCCUCUCUGUAGCAGGGAGGAGCUGAAGGAGCAGCUGGACGCCCUCCAGUGCCACUUCACCUGGAAGAUGGGGAUUCAGGUGUACAACCCGCAGCACCUCCUGCAGAAGCUGGAGAUCGAGAUCAACCACACGGCCCACCAGAACCAGGUGGCCCUCCUGGGGCUCCAGGCCCACCUGUACCAGCUCAACAACCAGAGCGCAGAGGCUCUGCGGAGCCUCCGAGCUGCUGAGGAGCACAACGAGCAGCAGGAGGAGGCAGCAGCGACUGCGGGCUCGGUGAUUAUCUACGGGAAUUACGCCUGGGUUCACUACCUGCAGGGCUCCUAUCAGGAGGCUCGAUCCUACCUGCAACGAGCUCAGCAGCUCUGCCCACAUCCUUGGGACAUGCGGCUGAUCCCGCACAUCCAGGCCCAGAAGGGCUGGUCCCUGCUGGUUAUCAGAGCCCAGAACGGGGACCGGGCAAGAGAGUGCUUCGACCUGGCCUUGAUGCUUGAACCAGACAACAGAUCCUUCCACACUGGGCUCGCAAUGGCUCUUUAUUCCUCCUGGAAAUUCUCCUGGCAACCUGACGCUGCGAGCGAAGCCACCAUCCACUUGGAAAGAGUCGUCAGGGAGCAGCCAAAUAACUACAGAGCCAAAAUAUAUUUGGCCCAGCUGCUUGAACAUGUAGCUAAGGAAAGAUCAAUUGGCUUGGUGGAAGAAUGCGCAGAGGAAAGCUCUGACCCCGAGGUCCUCAAACUAUCAAUCAUGUUCUGGAUCCCACGGUCGACAGAUCGAGCAGUUGAGAUCGCCCGGCGAGCCCUGGAGGACGACCCAGGUUAUCACCUCCUCUACCAGGCCUUGGCCAAGAGCUACAAGCAGCAGUGGCUUCAAGCAAAUGAGGAAGACAAGGAUGAGAUCCUGGAUGUAGCCAUCAAUCACCUGCAGCAAAUUGUUCAGGGGCAUCCAGACCUUGACAUCACAAUUGUCAAGCUGCAGUUGGCAGAGUUAAUCGGUGAGAGAGACCCAGCACGGGAGGAAGAGAUCUACAUGGAGCUGCAGGAGCAAAGCGACACCCUGAGCCUCCGGUGCCGCCAAGGCCUGCUUAUCAACUGGGGGAAGUUCCUCCUGUACCGCCGGGGAUCCCAGGACAGGGCAAAGGCCAAGUUCAUGGAAGCUUACAGCAUCCCCAUGCAGACGUUCCAGAGGAGGGACUGCGGCCGCAGGCUGAGGAGGAUGGCCGAGACCUACCGGCGCAACGGCGACGCCGAGACCGCCGACGGCAUUUACCGAUUCCUGCAGGAGGCCGACCGGCACCUGCCCGGGCAGAACGUUCCCCUGGGCCUGGAGGACGGGGAUCAGCCCCCUCCUGCAGAGUAGGGCACGGCUUUCCCAAGGUGAGGAGGCCGGGAGGGCUCUGCACGGCAGGCGCGUCCCGCACGUGGACGUGGAGGUUCUGUCAGCUCUUCGUGUUGUGCCGUUGCUCAUCCGUCAAAUCCAGUGGGUGACCGAGUACCCAAAGCUUACCCUGCUGCUGUGUCCUGCUUCUCCCAGGGGGAAUGAGAACAAGAGUGAAGAAUUUGGUUUAUGGGGUGUGAGCACAAUCUUCAGGUGUGGACCUGUGUGUCCCCCUUGGCACCGCCACUGAUCAGAACCGAAUCCUGAUCAAUGUGAGAAAUCAACUCAUUAAUGGUAACAAUUCUACAUUUGCAAUGAACCAGGAGCUGGAUUCCUGCACAGUGAGGAGCUGUGAUGGGGGUGAAGUUCUUCUGUACAGGAUACAGAUGGUCCCUGGCCUGUCCAAAUGCAUUAAGCUCUGCUGGUUAGGGAGCCCACAAAGGUGAUUUUUAUCUGCACUAAUCCUCAGCAGCACACGCAUGCCUGUCUCUGCCUGAUGUACACCAGGCCUUUCUUGUAUGGUUCCCACCAGGAAUAACAUUUUCAUCCCUGUUUCUGCAGCCAGACUGAGGCUUUUAACAUUUUUUGAGCAAUAAAUAUUUUUCUCUGCAUGA